AGAAGUGAGUUUUAUCAAAACUCAAAAAGCGUUAUCUUUUGAACUAUCGUGGGUUGUGGCGAUUCAUUCCCUUUACUCCUUUCUGUCUCUGUUUCCUUACAAUAAGAUAAGCAGCCAGAGAGACUGAGUGGCUCAGCUUAACUCGGAAGCAGUAAUGGCCACUCGGGUGAUGGGACUCGGACUCGGUACCUCUAGUCAGUUUCCUCCUACCUCUUUCUCUUCCUCUUCACUCUCACCUUCUGUUCAUUCUAGUAGCAAUACCAAUCUACUCUUUUUGGGAGCAAAUACCUGGUUGAAUCGCCGGUUUUCCAUCCGAGUCAACUCUGUUAGAGCUUUUAGUUUCAAUAAACGGUUUUCCAUCAGAGCUGAUGCUGCUACUUCCUCUCAAGAUGUCCAAUCUUCUAAAGGCACAGGCAUUGAAAAUGUAGUGAUAAUUGGCUCUGGUCCUGCUGGAUAUACAGCAGCAAUUUAUGCAGCCCGUGCUAACUUAAAACCGGUAGUUUUUGAGGGGUUUCAAAUGGGAGGUGUACCUGGUGGACAGUUAAUGACUACCACAGAAGUGGAGAACUUUCCAGGUUUUCCAGAUGGAAUUACCGGCCCUGAUUUAAUGGACAGGAUGCGUCGGCAAGCGGAAAGAUGGGGAGCAGAGCUACAUCAAGAAGAUGUUGAAUUUCUUGACGUAAAAAAUCGUCCGUUUACUGUACGAAGCAGUGAGCGUGAGAUAAAAAGCCAUGCCGUGAUCGUCGCAACAGGAGCUACUGCUAAGAGGCUUCGGUUACCCCAUGAAGAUGAAUUUUGGAGUAGAGGAAUAAGUGCAUGUGCAAUAUGUGACGGUGCAUCACCAUUGUUUAAGGGUCAAGUUCUUGCUGUGGUUGGAGGAGGGGAUACAGCUACUGAGGAAGCUAUAUAUCUGACUAAAUAUGCUCGUCACGUUCAUUUACUUGUGCGUAAAGAUGAAUUGAGGGCAUCAAAAGCCAUGCAAGAUAGAGUAUUCAACAACCCAAACAUCACCGUGCAUUUCAACACAGAAACAGUGGAUGUUGUGGGCAAUUCCAAAGGUCAAAUUUCUGGCAUAUUGACGCGAAGAACUGAUACCGGUGAUGAAUCUGUGAUUGAGGCCAAAGGUUUAUUCUAUGGUAUUGGUCAUACUCCAAACAGCCAAUUGCUGGAGGGCCAAAUUGAGCUUGAUGGUUCAGGAUAUAUUUUAGUGAAGGAUGGAACUGCAAAAACCUCGGUAGAAGGUGUAUUUGCUGCUGGAGAUGUACAGGAUCACGAGUGGAGACAAGCAAUUACUGCGGCUGGAUCUGGGUGUAUUGCAGCUUUGUCGGUUGAAAGAUAUCUCACAAGCGAGAAUCUACUUGUCGAGUUUCAUCAGCCACAACAAGAAGAGGUUAAAAAAGAACUCACUCCUCGUGAUGUACAAGAGGGCUUUGAUAUUACCCUUACGAAGCACAAAGGCCAGUAUGCUUUGCGGAAGUUGUAUCAUGAGAGCCCUAGACUUGUUUGUGUUCUGUAUACAUCUCCGACAUGUGGGCCAUGUAGGACCUUAAAGCCCAUACUUAACAAGGUGAUUGAUGAAUACAACAAGAACGUUCAUUUUGUUGAAAUUGAUAUUGAGGAGGAUCCCGAGAUCGCAGAGGCAGCUGGAAUUAUGGGUACGCCUUGUGUGCAAUUCUUCAAGAACAAAGAAAUGAUAAGGUCGAUUCCCGGAGUCAAGAUGAAGAAAGAGUACAGAGAAUUUAUAGAGUCAAAUAAGUAACAGAUAAGGGCCAUUCAUUGUGGCAUAUGCCAUUCCUUUUGCCGAUCAGUUUUGUUCCUCAUCGGCCUAAUUCUUGACGAAAAUGGUAUUGGUAUUUGUACAUCAAGGGGAGUUUUUGAAUCGCCAUACUCGUUUAUUAGUCACUUUUGCUCUCAAUUUUUGACUAUAAGUUUGCGAAUUCUUGUAAUUUCUUUGCACAAAUCUACUAUGUGGAAUCGUUACUGCUAUUGGAAUCGUUACCGCUAUUCUUAUUUCUGUA